AUGAGUGACGAAAAUAGCGGCAUAUCGCUCAUAAAAAAAAUCGAAAAAAAAUCACUGGAAUGCAGAGAAGGCGACGAAAUCGUCGUGCUCAAAUUGUGCGAAUUGUGCAACUGCAUACACCCCAUAUAUAGGAAAAUAUUUGGCGAUGGUUUUAUAGCGGAUAUGUUAAUAAAAGACUUAAAAAAUUCGACCUCCAAAGUGCAAAAAGCUGUGGAAAAAAUCCCCGAGGAGGUUAAAUAUGUGUCCACCAUGUAUUCGCACAAUUUAAAAAAAUACCCAAAUUUGCAAAAGUUAAAAAGUGAUACAGAUAACGGAAUAGUCGAUUUCCUGUGGAUGAAGAGGACAAUCGAGUUUAUUGUAAUUUUUCUCGAAAAAUGUUAUGUGACAAAUUAUACGUCCAAAUUAAAUGUGUGUGCCAGAGACGCCUACGACCAAGUGUUGAAAGCUUAUCAUGGUUUCACAACAGGGAAAGUUGUCACCCUGGCGCUGAAGUUAUCACCUUCCAGGGAGACUCUAACUGAAAGGUUACAAUUCGAGUCGAACGAGCAAGCGAAGGCUCACCUGCAGGGGUGCCUCUCCAUAACGAAGCUGCUGAUAAGCGACAUUUCGAAGACGAUAGAGCAGAGCGGCUGCAACUUCGAGGACAAGGUUUAG